AUGCCCUUGAUCCCACCGCCUGGGCCACCUCCGCCACUGGCAGACAUCAUUUAUGAUCGUACGCGCAACAGCGCGAAGGAUAUCCCUUGGCAACGUGUUCUAGACCGUGACUCUAUCUGCGAGCGUUGCCAGGAGCUGUCUUUCGAAUGCUACCACCGGCUUAAUCCUAAGCGAGCUUCCAGCGCAUGCCUGCAGUGCAAUUAUGCAGGUCUUAAAUGCCGAAUAAAUGGUCUCACACCAACGGAAAGGAUGAGAACUCCCAAUGCACAGAGCGGGACACAGUUAGCCCGAGAUGAAGACCAGCAGAACGGACAUAACAGACGAGAAAGACGCCUGAAGGCAAAGCGCAAACGUUCGGCGUCAGACUUGGACGACGAUUCGGAGGAUGAGACUAUCUCGCGUUUCCGACGCGGAGACGACGAGUAUUUGCCGCCAACCGGGCGGCGCGGGCGUCCUAGCGGCAGGCCUAGAGGUAGACCUCCACUUCGGGGCCGACCUUCUGCAGGAUGCCAAGCAACGCGCGCUGUCCACGCCCCAACCCUGAGCGCCUCGUCUUCCAGCAGGAAGGAAAACUGUGACAGUCAACAUCUUGAACGCGUCUUGAAAAAGCAUCGUGAUCUCGUAGCCGAGACAAAUGACCUAGUCAAUAAACUUGAGGGUUUCUCCAAGGUCGAAUUCCGAGUUGCGGAUGAACGCGGGAAGCAUUGGGUCGAUGGACCUUUGUCGGUGCAUAUAAUUGGCGGACUGUGGUCGAAGGUCAGUCGUGAUCCCCCCACUGCGUCCAUUUUCCCUCCAACGGAACUACCGAUCGCCGCUGCGGUCGAACUCUGUGGUGUUUGCACGUCCGGAUCGCUAAGCUGCUGCAGGAAGUUCCUCGUAGGCGAGCCGCAUAACAGCCCGACGCAGCUACUCACACUUGGUGGUGCAUCCAGCUGUGAUGGACGGAGAAAACACCAAUGA